GUACACCGAUGCUGAGUAAAAAUUAACAAAAGAUGAACAGUCCCUGUGUCCAAAUAUAACCUCUCAUCUCCGCACUCAAGAAACAUACCAAAAACCAUCAAUUCAUAUCCAAGAUGCAAGACACGAUAGUCCUUUACCCAUCUUCAGGCAUUGGGCAUGUAAUCUCCAUGGUAGAACUAGGCAAGCUUAUUCUCCGCCAUUAUAACCACCACUUCUCCAUAACUAUCCUCCUCUUCACCGCUGAUCUCUGUCACACAUCAGCCAUCACCUCUUACAUCAACGCCAUCUCUCAAGCCUACCCUUCUAUCUCCUUCCGUCGUUUCCCUCGUGUUUUCGUCGACACAACUCCUACUCGCAGCAACCCCGCCAUGGCCUUUGAGGCUAUUCUCCUUAACAAGCCCUAUGUUCUUGAUUCUCUCCAAGAGAUCUCUAAAGGUAACAACGUUCGUGCCUUUAUUAUUGAUAUAUUUUGUGGUUCUGCUCUUUCUAUAGGGAAAGAUCUCAAGAUCCCUACUUACUAUUUCUUUACUUCUGGUGCUGCUUGUCUCGGGGCUUUCUUGUAUUUUCCGAGAAUCCAUGAACAGCAUACAGAAAGUUUUAAAGAUCUCGUAAACACUGUUCUUGAUUUCCCCGGAAUGCCACCUUUAAAAGCUGUUCAUUUUCCUGAACCUAUGCUUGAUAGAAAUGAUCCUGCUUAUCAUGACAUGGUAUAUUUCUGUUCUAAUCUUGCAAAAGCUGAUGGUAUUAUAGUUAACACUUUUGAGGAUCUUGAGACAAAAGCUAUCAAGACAAUUGCAGAUGGCGUUUGUGUUCCUGAUGCACCAACUCCACCUACUUACUAUAUCGGACCUUUGAUCGCCGGUGACAGUAGACAUGAAGCUCAACACGACUGCCUAUCAUGGCUUGACAGGCAACCAAGAAACAGCGUGGUCUUUUUAUGUUUUGGAAGCCGGGGUUCUUUCUCCAGACAACAGCUUAAGGAAAUAGCUAACGGAUUAGAGAGAAGUGGACAAAGAUUCUUGUGGGUAGUGAAGAAUCUGCCUGAAGAUGAGAGAUCCAAGACGACUGAGGAUAUGGGUGACUUUGACUUGGAAAGUAUACUGCCUGAAGGAUUCUUGAACAGAGUCAAAGAGAAAGCAAUGGUGGUGAAAUCAUGGGCACCACAAGUUGCAGUACUGAAUCACAAGUCAGUCGGUGGGUUUGUUACUCAUUGUGGGUGGAACUCAGUGCUGGAAGCGGUGGUUGCUGGUGUGCCAAUGGUGGCGUGGCCACUGUACGCGGAGCAACACCUGAACAGGAACAUACUGGUGGAGGAUAUGAAGAUGGCAAUCCAAGUAGAGCAAAGAGACGAUGAUGAUGGAUUCGUAACUGGAGAUGAGCUGGAGGUGAGAGUCAGAGAGCUGAUGGAGUCAGAGAAAGGGAAAGAAAUGAGACAGAAGAGUUGGAUGAUGAGACAGAGGAGUUUGGACUCUUGGUUGGAGUCUGGUUCUUCCAUUAGAGCUCUGGGUAAGUUGGUUGAGCCGUGGAAGAAAAUUUGUUAGAGAAUAAUUGAGAAUACAAAUUUGGAUUGGGUCACGUCAGGGUGUAUUGUAAGUUUGUGUUUUCAAUUAAAUAAUUUGGAGCCACCUUCAAAUGUUAUGGUAAUAAUUACACAUUAAAUAAUUAGUACGAAUUUAUGUACUAUUUUUAUGUAUAAAUAUAUUAAGACUAAGUUAAUAAUAUCAUAAAAAUAUAUUAUAUUUCA